GCGGACACCAGGACUCCAAGAUGGCGUCAGUCGUAUCAGUGAAGAACAAGAAACUUCUGGAGGUCAAACUAGGGGAGCUGCCAAGCUGGAUCUUGAUGCGGGACUUCAGCCCUAGUGGCAUUUUCAGAGCGUUUCAAAGAGGUUACUACUGGUACUACAACAAGUACAUUGACGUGAGGAAAGGGAGCAUCUCAGGGGUUACCAUGGUGCUGGCAUGCUAUGUGCUCUUCAGCUACUGCCUUUCCUACAAGCACCUCAAGCAUGAGCGGCUACGCAAAUACUACUGAAGAGGACACGCUCUGCAUCCCCCCACCCUAUGACCUUGGCCCGAGCCCUUCUGUGAGGAACACAAUCUUGAUUGUUGCUGAAUCCUUUCAUAUCCUGAUGGGAAUUAACCUCCAAAUAAAAGAUGACUGUUAAAAAAAAUAA